GUGCUGUACCCCUCCUCACACCCAAGCGGAGUUAAAAUUCGCUCCCCCGAUAAACUCCUAGGCUUAACUCCAGCGCCUUACAUACCUCAACAAAGUCAUAAAUUCCUAAUAUUAUAGACUAGCUCAUCUAUGUAUAGUCAAGGUAGCACCCGUCUUUAAAUAAUUCCACGCCAAAUAGUUUUUAUUUGUACCAUUUUACGCUAAAUAUAAUCAGGGCCCUAUCACACUCAAUUUCCUUCAUAUACACUUAAAAUGGCAACCCCCCUCACAAAAUCUCAUAUCCUAUCUAUUUUCUCAAACCUCUCCACCGGUAACACCACAGCCUUCUUCGCGAACGUCACCGACGAUGUCGAUUGGCUGGUCGCCGGGCAAUCACAUCCAUUGGCUGGACAUUGGACCUCGAAGCAGAGGUUCUUCGAAGAUAGUUGGAUGAGAGUAGGAGCUGUGCUGCAGAAGCCUAUGCAGUUGAGCAUCGUUGGCGUGAUUGUGGAGCCGGAGGGUGAGGGGUUGAAGGGGAAGGCAGUUGUGGAGUUAAAGGGUGUGGGCGGGGUCUUGAAGGAUGGGAAUGAGUACAAUAAUGAGUACUGCUGGGUCGUCGGAUUCAAUGAGGUAGGCAAGAUUGCCUCGGUUCGGGCGUAUUUGGAUACAGCGAAAUUAAGAGAUGCGUUGGAUGGAAACGAAUAACUCCCUCCUUCUCGACCCUCCAAGUACUGGCGUGCAUGUAACUCCGAACUCCCAGGUCCUUAGUAGAGAAACCUCCCAUUUGGAAUCGUCAACACCCACCACUAUCAUCGCAGCUUCCACAAUCACCCUUACAACAUUUGCGACAGCAACGCACCCAUCCCAGA